AUGGACACCGAUAUGACCAACGCCGACGGGAGCCCUUUCGACCCGUAUGGACCAACCGUUCCCUCACGAGGCCCCUCCCGCGGAAUGUCUUUAACUUACCAGGUGCUUUCGUCUUCUGGAUUCAAAGCCACCCCUUCAACUUCCCAACAGGGACAGGCCGAACCAACAACCCUCGAAGCCGUCGUCCCAUUCGAACUCUUCCAGAACCUCGGAGAGGCGGGCGUCGAAAAGCCCCCGACGUAUGGAGGGCAGCGAGAGAACGAUGCCGCCCGGGUUUGGCUAAUCGGGAUCGAGAGAUGGCUUUGGGCCAAGGAAGUUCUCCUUCACAAGUCCCGAGAAGAUUGCCCUGACAACGUCCUACCUCGAAAAGGCCGCAGCAGCUUGGUGGAACCUAACCUAUAUCCGCGACGUCAGCCAAACCGCGUGUUUGACCAACCUCACACUGCCCUUGACCGCUAG